CUGUUCAUAACAUAUCUCAUUUUUCUAGGUUGAGAUUGAGACUUCUUUGUUCCUUUCCCACAACCUCCCUCUCUCUUACAACAACACUACCUCGUCCCUCACCUAAGUUACAUAGCUGCUUCACUUUCUUCUUGUCAACCACACUCGCUGGCAACGAUAUCCAGAGUCUCAGAAGCCGGUCGCGUAGACUAGUUUCCGCUCGAUCACCAUGCCUCACCCCGAAGAGAAACGCGGCGAAGGAAACAAGGUUACAGGACCGAGAUCCACACAUGCCCCCAAGCAGCCCAAAGCCCCAAUCCCUCAGCCCACCAAACAGAACAACAACAACGACAACGACCCCACCAAGACGGCCACACCGAAAUCCCCCUCCGAAGCGAUGCGCGCCGCGCUCACCGCACUAAAACCACCCAACCCCCCAGUCCCCAAACCCACCCCGCUGGAAGUCCUAGACUCGGAACUCCGCAGCUUCUUCGCGGAGGGCAUCCAAGCAGCCUCGAACCGGAUCACGGCGCUGCGGGUGGCCGUGCUACGCGGCGAGACGGCGGUCGACCUGCGCCCGCGAGCGUCGCCCUACCCGCCGCACCGAGCCCUGAAACCCCCGCGCCCGUCGAUCUGGAAUCUGAGCUACGUCGCGGCGACGCUGGUGCUGCUGCUCGCGAGCCCGCCGGACCGGGAGGCGACGCGCGCGGCCCUGAAGUGGCAGUCGCAGGAGAUGGCGGGGUUGCCGUCGAUGGCGGAGAUCUGGAAGACGGCGUCGGCGGACCUGGGGAAGCGGUUCGCGCAGGCCAAGAAGGUCGCGAUCGAUGGCAAGGUCGCCACGGUCACGGUGCUGGGGGUGGAUCUGGUGGACGUGGAGAUGCUCGAUCGCGGGGAGAUCAAGAACCGCGAUCGGGACUAUACCUCCUUCGCGCACACGUUUGUCUUGACGGUGGGGCGCGAGGGAUUUCGGGUCUACCAGGCGUGGCGCGCGCAGGGCCAUCGGUUCGAUCAGGUUCUGGGGAAUGAUGGGUCGCGGCUUCGCUCGUGGGCCGAGUCGAAAUCCUUCCUUAGAAGCUUCGGCAGGCUCUGUCGGGCUCAGAAGAAAUGGUCGCCCGAGUUGAACAGUGCGUAUCAAGAGUGUUUUGGCAUCGAUCUGGACUCGAUCUGUGGGGAGGGACGUCCUAAACUUCCUGUUGUCCCGGUUUAUCGACCUUGGGUUAGGAUCUUCGAGAUCAACGACGUCAAAGUUGAACAUAUCUGGAAGUUUACAUGGGAUGGCACCCCGCAGAAGUCAUGAAGUGGGUCUUUGCUCAAGCAUGU